AUGCGCUCAAUUCUUUUGGUUUACUUUUUGACAAUGGUGUUUACAUUAAUUCAAGCAGUAAAAAGUGAUGAAAAGCGAGGUGUGGCACGUAUUAUGCAGGUUGACAGUAAUGAGCUUAAUAAGCGUGCGGAUCGUGGUACAUGGUAUACAGGCAAGGAUUUGAAAAAGGCUGCUUGCUUUAGUAGAAAUGGAUUGCCCAAUAUUGAUGCUCAUGUCAAUGACAUGGUGGGUGCAAUGGCAAUGCAUGGUUUCGAACAAUGCCAUAAGUGUAUGCAAGUUACAAAUACUCGUGAUAGAAGCAAAAAAAUCAUUGUUCAGAUCAUUGACAAAUGCGCUGCUUGUAAGGUCAACAAACACAUUGAUCUUACACCUGGUGCCUUUAGAAAACUCUCUGGUAAAGGCAGACUUGCAGUUGGUGUACUCGAUAUCAGUUUCAAGCCUGUAAAAUGUCCCAAUCAUGGUAUCUUUCGAAAGCUUCGUAAAUUAAUGUAG